GAUGUAAAGACAAGCUAAAUACCCUGGCUAUUGCUGUCAUGAAUGAAUGGCCUGGAGUAAAAUUACGCGUGACUGAAGCUUGGGAUACACAGGGCCACCAUGCACCCACAUCACUUCACUACGAGGGUCGAGCAGUGGACAUAACUACUAGUGAUCGAGUUCGAUCACGCUAUGGGAUGCUGGCACGUUUAGCUGUGGAAGCAGGCUUUGACUGGGUUUACUACGAGUCAAGAAGCCACAUUCACUGUUCAGUGCGAUCGGAUUCUCUUGAUACUACCCACUAUGGAGGAUGCUUCCCAAAAACAGGCAAAGUCGUCGUUCGAAACAAAGGCACCAUAGCCCUGGACCAGUUAAAAGUUGGUGACAGUGUUUUAUCGGUCGACCUUCAAGGCGAGUUAACUUACAGUGAAGUGAUAGCAUUUUUGGACACCAAUAAAGAUUCUAGUGGCUACUUUCACCGAAUUGAAACAGAGAACGGCCAUACAAUUCGACUGACUGGAAAGCACUUAAUUUAUUCCUCUUACACAAAUCGAACACGGUUUGACCUGAAUGACAAUGAUUCUGAGUUCGAAGCUACAUAUGCUGACCAGGUCCAGAUUGGAGAUUAUGUUAUGACAACGGACGGAACGGCGGGAUUGUUUGCUUCCCGAGUAAAGAAAAUAGCAGCUGUCUCAGAGAAAGGUGUUGUGGCACCGCUUACAAAAGCUGGUAACAUCAUCGUCGAUGGCGUUGUCGUCUCUUGCUAUGCGUUCAUAAACAGCGAUUACAUUGCGCAUGCGUCGUUUUUCUUCUUACGAGGACUCCACCAGGUAACGAGUCACAUCCCUUUUGUAUCCUGGGCUGACAGUCCAUUGGCCUCAUAUGCCAUCGAUGGCAUCCAUUGGUAUGCAAAACUUUUAUACAAGAUCGCUCCUCUAUUCAUGGAUAGAACAUUAUUAUACAUGAAUGACUAAUAAUUAUAAGAUAUAUUUUAAAAAAGUAUCGAAGCGAGAGAGAAAACUAUUAUUUUUUAUUUUUAU